CAAUGUUCUACAUGGCAUUAUAUGUUAGCUGCUGAAUCGGUAAUUGCUGGUGGUCGUGCGUUAAGCUUUCGACGAGCGGCAGCGUUGCGGUGCAAAUCAACAAUAUGAAAAGUAAAAACAAAACUUGUCGUUAGCUCCACAGCUGUUGCCUGCGGCUAGAUGUUUAUCGCCACUUUAGCGAGUGCGCGCUGAUCUCCAGCGCCAGUCGUUCGAAUUAGGUCGAUCGAGACGCUUGCUCUGCGGAAAGCACUAAAAGUGAACACUGUUAAUAUUGCGAUUCAAGUUGACGCGCACGUGAGAACUGUAGUCGCAUACACGCACAUUACGAAACACGCGAAUGGCAACAGCUAGCAGCGAAGUGAUGUAUUUAGUCGCUGGUAUAUUUGGCUUUAUCGCCGCUUUACUGCUCUUCGCCGCGCUGACCAUUAUUGUGCUGCGUUUGAAAUCACAACUGAUCUUUGGCAUCUACCCCGCGAAGGGCCUUUUCUAUCAACUGAAGUAUGUGAUUGCAUUGCUGUUGGUGCGCCGUCUGCGUCACCGUGUCUAUCACACCAAGGACGAGCUUAAUUCACCCGCAUUUCUGGCGCAAAUCGAUCGUCCGCAAGCGUUAAGCGAUAAUCCGCAGAGUUACGAUGUAGUCUCCUUCAUGGGUGCCAAUGAGCGCGGUGAAAAGUUGUUCAUGACCUUGGAGCGUCGCCGGCGUGGCGUGUUGAAAGCUUGCAUUUAUCUCUACCUUCCUGAGUUGGGCUUGUAUUGCACGCCAAAAUUACCGGACAUGCUGCACUUCACAACGGAUGGCACACGCGAGAAUGACGAGUUCAAAGGUUGCGGUUUCCAUGUGUAUCCCGAAGCGUCGAUGCGUGAAUGGCGUGUGCGCUAUGAAGGCGAGCUACGUCCCGCGGCCGCUGUCGGCAAGUGUCUGCCUGUGCACAUGAACUUGCAGUUCACAACGCAAGCGCCAUUUUUCUACUAUAAUCGUGAUCUGAGCUCUGCGGUCAUUGCGGAUUCGGUAGCGCGCGAGGCAUGGAAUGACGCAUUCUACAAAUUGCUUAAACAUGUGCCCGAAAUGGUUGAGAAACGUAUACACUACGAGCAAAGCGGUCGUUUGACGGGUGAGGUGCAGUUGGCAGGUCGCAGCUUCGCACUGCAAUUGAGCGGUUUUCGCGACCACAGUUUCGGCACCGAACGCUGUCUAUCCAAUAUCAAUCGUUAUGUUUAUGUUGCACUUUUCCUGUCGGAUGGCACCAGCUUGAUGAUCGGCAAUCUUAGUCAGCCCUCCUUCUUUCUCUCAUCCCUCAAAGUUGGCUACGUCUGCACACUGGCGGGCGUUUAUGAACCGAUAACCAGUUGCAAUUUUGAGCUUUAUUCUUAUGGUGAGAAGGGCACACCGCCGCGUCAUAAGAAUUUCAUUGUACAGACCGCAAAAGCAAAGUAUUUCGUGCAGAUUGAGGAGCAACAGUCAUCGGUGCGUUAUGUGGGUGCCGACUGGGUUGCGAAGAUCUACAACCAAUUUGUGGCUUGCACUGUCAACGGCAUUAAGGGACAAGGUAUCACCGAGUAUUUGUAUAAGAAUAAAAAUGGCGAACGUCCUGAGGCAGUGAACGCUACAGAUCCCGAGUGGUUUAGACGUGUGAAGAGCUUUGAACGGAGUUUGAGUAAAUGCGAAGAAGAUGAAAGCGAGGUUUUCUUCUUCUGAGCUUCGACGAGGCUCAAGCAGCUUUUAGGUCAAUUAAGCAUAUCUCUAAGUGCCUAUUUUGUGGUGACGAAAUAUUUUUGUGCCGGCACAAUAUUCCAACAAGGACUGAAAACACUUUUAUUUAGAUUUUAUCGUGAUAUUUAAAUUAUUUGGUGGUAAUAUGUGCUUAUUUUAAAAAGUGAACUGUUAUUCACAAUAAAAACAUAUAAUUUUAUUCUAGGAAAUAAGUGUUUUAUUAAAACAACUGCAUACAAAAUUUCCUCUCCCGCUAAUCGUUGUCAAGAUUUUAUAAUUUUGGAAUCUUAACUUGGUGGAAAGUUUACUUUUCUACGUAGAUUCAUGUUUACUGUAAAGUCCUGUCGGAUAUUUAGACUUGUUAAUGCAAAGCAUAAGAAAAGCUCCAUCCGCAUUUGAGGUAAGGGUGCUAAUUGUGCUAUUCGUUAGACGUCAAUUAGUAGGACGUCGGAUGUUUGUAAAAUCUGCCCUCAAAUGAAAGUUCAAGCGCUUGAAGGAACUCUCAUAAGGUCUAAGAAAUCUAACAAAAAAAAUUGUAUUCCUUUUGCAUUCCAUAUAUUUAAAUGCAUUAAGCUGUAAAUCUUAUUUUUUAUAACACCCAUUUUUCAUUGAGUUCUUAUUACCGCACCAAUUAUGGUUCUUGAUUUAUUUUCUCGAUAUAGAUUUCCCAAUGACGUAGCCCGCUGACAGGGAUUUAUAGCUAACGCUUUAUUAGACAAUCGCACGGUUGAUUGAUAAGGCGGUUUUACGAACGAUAAUUCUUACAUCCAGUAAAAAACAAAAACGAUAACAUUUACCCACUUUUCUAAGCUUUUUGCCCGAAAUAACUGUAUUGAGGCCAUGUCUGCCCGUAUGGGUUUAAUUUUGCAUUUGAAAUACGACUAUUUUGUUUGAUAAUCCACAUUGUAAAUUAAUGUUAUAUAUUAUUAAAACCAAUAUUGCUUAGCUUUGCUUAUCAAUAAAAACAAAAAUAGUAUAUGUUAGAUUAGCCAGUGAGAUUAACGCAUAUUAUGCAGGUGCUGUUAAUAUAUAAUAUUAUAUCAGUGAAUUGCCGGUUCGAAGCAAAAACUGAACUAUAUAGCAGUAUUUUCUUAUAUACAUCACUUUAUUUGCAGCUAAAGUGUCACCCUUUCAAUAACUUACUGAGUUUUAAUAGCAAUUUAAAUAAUAAUAUUGUUAAUUGCUUACUUCUUCAAUUAUCGUCGUUUGCUUUCCACUAUAAUUAGUAGUUGCAGCUAUUACCUAUAUUUAAAUAAUUGUUUACUAUAUGCAUCUAUUUUCCGGGUUCUAUAAAUAUGGAAUUAUUUAAUUUAUUGAAUAAAUCAUAAAUUAAGUGCCUUUAGUCUAACAUUUGCUUUGAAAUCGAGUUAAUUGAUUAGUUGGUUGAGAACUACAGUGAUUUUCAAAUAAGUUAAACGAAAAACUUAAAAAAUAUGUUAAAAGAAGCAGCUGGCAGUCUGGUUAGCCGAGUUUCCACCUUUGGAACAGCCCCUACAUUUAUGGGACCAAUAAUUGGUCAUAUUGUUAAGGUGGCAGUUAUUUGGAAAAUCUUUUUUGUCUCUAUGGGUCAUAGACCAGUUUUCCGUUACGCAGUUCCUGAAAAGCAUUCAUCCUUCAAGAUGCUAGCGCUUGACGUGAAUUUCAAUAGGUUUUGCGGCCUCACUAUCGACAUCCUCUCGUGUUUCAUACCGUGCGGCCGCCAAAUUUUUGUCUCUAUAAAAACCCUGCAAAUUUAAAUCCACGUGGGUUUCAGGGCUAUAGUUAAAAUUUAUAAGAAAAAAUAAAAUAAUAAUUUUUUUUUGCAUAUAUGAAAAUUUAUUUUUUCUCUGAAUUCUGUCUAUGCGUUUAUAUA